AUUAAUACACAUAAUCAUGUUUGAAAUGUUUCAAAUAUUCUCGAAGGGAAAUUUCGUGUAUUGAACAAGAAAAGUAACGCGUCGUAUCGACUAGCGACUGUUCGAAAACAAUUUCAAGGGAAUUUACUAUCGUUUACAAAAGCGUGGGAUAAACGAAAGGAUGUGAAACUAUGACCUGGAAUUUCGUUUUGCUUUCCAGGUGUACUUUUCAACUGCCGAACCAAUAUUAACAAUCCAAUCAACAAUGAAUGAAAGACGAGCAGAGUGCGUGUUGGGCGUACUCUACGUGUUAUCCGCAAUUUUGUCCGUGACCUCGAUGGUCAGUUUGGUCACUGUCUGGCAAUAUUGGACAUGGGCCUUGGACGUGUGUAUUAGUAUCGACUGCGGUUGCAUACUUUACUGUAUCAAUACCUUCCGCACUUUUAUGGGCGGUGACGUGAAACUUUGCCAGUUUGGAGUGUACGGUUUGAUCCCAGCAAUCCUGUUUGGUCUCUGUCUCGGAGGAUAUCACGGAUACAGAUGUUGCAUCAGUCGAAAUUUCGAAAAUCCUACGCAAAUUCAAGAAGAUGCGACCAGAAACCUGAAAGGUGUCAAUCAAGUAGCAACGGUGGUGGUUAGACGAAAAGGUAGAAAACCGUACAAACAUUGGAUACCGGUCGCAUUUCUCGCAAUUCUGAUUUGCUGUUUAUCGUUGGCGCACGCAAUCGUUAUGACCGACGGUUACUAUAAAACCUGCGAACAGUACAGAAAAAGACUGAUUCAUCUGAUGGGUUCGACGGGUCGCGAAGCCGAGGUAACUAUCACUAUCACAGUUGCUAUUUGCUAUACGUUAUUUGCAUCUAUCGUUAUCACUCUCACGAUCGAAUGUCGUUUCUUGAUCCUUGACAUUUUCCAGCCAUUUUUUCUUCCUUUUCACAGGUGA